UACGAACGCAGGCGCACAGAAACGCUCUUGGGGUGAGUCUACAAGGCUACAAGGUGAAAGAGAGUAUAUGUAUAUGUAUUAGUUGUGGAUAAUCGCGAGGUGAACGUGACGAAUUGCUUUCCGAAGCUACUGACGCGAUGUCUCAGUUGUGAUUUAUUGGAAAGCCGAGGAAGCCCUUGCUCGCUAGCCUCUUGUUCCAGCUGAAUAGAAUAAUGUAACGUUACGGGAACGAUCUGGGGACACACACAAAGAGAAAUGUGUUAAUGAAAGAUAUUUAUAUAUAAAAUAUACAAAACAAACUCCGGCUUCAAAGUUUUAAGUCGAUAAUAUUGUUGCGAUUAAUUCUCAAGAUUAAUUGCGACGAGAUCAAACGACAGCUGUUUGACAGCCGCAAUAAAUCGCUCGUUGACGGAAGAUUUAAACGAUGUGGACAUAGAUUCGCAAUUAAGAUGGACGUUCACGGUGCCGGAGUAGUCGCCGUUCUGGGCACAGUUGGAGCUGCUACCGGAGCAAUCUCGGCAGUAAUCGUCUACACCAUUUGUGCGCGUCGCCGACGAUUGCCGCUGCUUACUUCGGUUGGAGGACCACUUAACUGGUUUGAAAAGGAUCUGUUGAAUAGAGCCGAGGAGGCAGCCAGAUCAUCAAAGGAUGUUUUGGUUGGUGUUGCGCUUUCGCGGGAUAAUAAAAUCAUCAAGCGCAGUGAUAGUCACUCUGAUGAUGACGAAUGGCAAUCCGAUCAUGUAUUUGACAGCAUUGCCAGUGAUUCUCCUAGAAGAGUUAUGCAGCAUCUCUCGGAAUCGGAUGAUAUCUCUCCAUCUCCGAUGAGUCCGCUCGCGCCACCUCUUCCGGAAGGUACAGUGGUUGCAUCCGAGAAGCGCAUGGUGAUCGUUAGGCCACCGCUGCGAAGUAUAGAUGGAUCUCAAUCCCGAUUAAAUAGUGUCGAAAUCGUUGAGUCAACUCGACGACACAAGCUCUCCUCAUCCUCUUCGACCUCAUCGUCCGAUGAAAUCAGAGGUGAAUUAAAAUUGGGGUUGAUUUAUGACGCUUCCGCUGGAAUACUUACUGUGAGACUUAUUGAGGCGCACGAUCUUCGUGCCCGAGAAUUGAGCGGAAUUGCGGAUCCUUACGCUAAAAUACGUUUGCUGCCUGACCGAAGUAACGUAUGGCAAACCACGAUACACAGGCGUACUCUGAAUCCCGUAUUCGACGAGGAUUUUGUUUUCGAAGUAACGCCUGCAUCAUCAUUGGCCGGAAGGACAUUAGAAAUCCUGCUCUAUGAUUUCGAUGCGUUCACGCGACACCGAGGUUUGGGUUAUGUGCAGCUUCCCCUAUGCUCCGUGCCGGAUCUCGGUGCAAAUAUGAUGAUCAUUACGAAACCAGUUUUACGAUACGGUGCGGAGGGUGGUUUUAAAGCACCACCUCUAGGAGAACUAAUGGUUUCCAUCUCGUAUCAGCUGUCUUUAGAGAAACUAUCAAUUAUUGUCGUCAGGGCGAGAAAUUUACCCGUUCUCGAUGAUCCUUCGAACGCAAAUUCGUACGUAAAGGUAUCACUCAUUCAGGAUGGUAAGAAUCUUAGGAAGAAGAAAUCAGGUAUACAACGUGAGACUACCAGUCCCGUAUGGAAUGAUAUCCUUAGCUUUGACAUCAGUAGCGACGUGUUAUCGAAGUGUGUGUUACAAUUCUCUGUGUUGCGAGCCAACGGUGAUCUCCUAGCUAAAUGUGAGGUAUCCAACUCGUGUCAAAGAGAAUUGUUUCAGCGUGUAUUAUCCGGCAAAGGCGCAUCAGCGCAAUGGUUACCAUUGUCAGAACCAGCGCAGCACAGUGAUAAUGGCGAGUUGAAAGAUUAAGAGAAUCGUUGUUAAAAUAUAAUUAAUAUAUGAAAAUGCAUCGUAUCGUAUAAUUAUUUUGAAAUGUACAAUGAAAUGCUUCUGCAAAAAAAAACAAAAGGAGUUCCAUCUUUUCCAUUCUCGAAUU